AUGUCACAGGCCACACCACCCUCGACUCUCUGGCAGCAGCCACACGACCGGCACAAGCUCAGCAACCCGCUGACGGGGCAGACCGAGCUCUCGGACAUAUCCGAGUGGCAGGGAGCCGGUGCCCAGGGAUAUGAAGGGUGGAGAGGCGAGAGAACAGCACGACUUGGAACCGGCAAACUUCAGGCUCACAAGCUUCAGCCGGACGGUCUACACCCGGCUCCCCGGGUUGCUAAGACCCACUCACGUGGUUCUUGGUUGUCAGGAUGCUCUCACAUAGCGGUUGCUAGGGACUAACACGUGGCUCUUGGUUGCUAGGGCCUAAUCACUCAGAUCCUGGUUACUAGGGCCCUCGUGGCUUUGGGUGUUUUUGAGCUGCGAUUGGGCCCUCUGAUGACAGCGUUACGUAUUUCCGGUUCCGACAGGCUGGUGAGGAUGGAUGGCGGCUGCUCGGUGCGGGAGGAGCUUUCCACCCUCUCCUUCGAGGAGUUGCAGGAGCUGCAGAGUAAGGUUGGGCUGAAGGUGUACAAUCAGAUAGUGUGCGACUCGGGGAAGGAGCAGCACAAGCAACAGCAGAAGUGUUCCCAGAAGGAUGGGCCCCUGGAGAUGUCGUCGAAGCAGCCAGUGCCAUUCCUGAGGAGGCCAGCCACUAUGAAGAAGAGGGUGGUGAGGGAUCCCCGAUUUGAUGAUCUGUCUGGUGACUACAACCCCGAGAUCUUUGACAAAACCUAUGCCUUCCUCACCGAGGUCCGGAGUAAAGAGAAAGAGAUCAUUAAGCGGAAGCUACGGAAAGUGAAGAAGGAAAAAAGCAGGAAGCAGCUCGAGUAUGUGUUACAGAGGAUGACGGACCAGGAGAAGGCACAGGAACACACACGGCAGCAGCGCGAGAGGAUGAAACAAUUCAAACAGGAACAGAGGCAGCGGGUUCAACAGGGGAGCAAACCCUACUUCCUCAAGAAAUCCGAGCAGCGGGCACUGGCGCUGGCAGACAAGUACCGGGUGCUGAAGCGGAGUGGCAAGCUGGAGAACUUCCUGCAGAAGAAGAGAAAGCGGAACGCCACCAAGGAUCGCCGCAAGUUGCCUGGGUCGAGAGCACGGUGAGGGUGCGGCAGGUCGGACCAUUGUGGCUGUUUGGAACUUUUUCCUGCCCCUCGCUCUGCAGUGGGUCAGUUCCCAUCUUGGGUCCCGUCACCAAUGUCACGGACUGUUUUGUUCACCGUGUUCCAUCUAUCGCUGCGUUUACUGUUGGACUGUGCCUCACCAUUCACCCUUUCCCCCUCCUGGCAUCUGACCUUCUGUACAGCUUCCAUGUAUAAACUCAGAGAUUUACUGUACGUCCACUGGUUGGAAUCAGUGCUACCCACGGAUUGCAUUAUACUGCAGAUACCGAACCAGGCCCCCUACUUGUUAUCUUCAUAACUGACUCCUCCAUUCCUCCCCUCCAUUAGUCUCUCCUCACAUGUUCAGCUUCCCAUCAAACCACGUCUCUUUUCAUCUUCACAAUCUCUCUCUGAUGAUAAUAAUAAAAACAAAAUUUUUGGUUACCGUUUUGGAAGGCUGUCAUCAAGCUGGAAAGAGUGCAAAGAAGAUUUAGGGGGGCGUUGCUAGCACCCCAGGGCCUGAAGUUGAACCGGCUGAGAAUUUUAUUCACUGAAGCAUAGGGUGAUCUUUUAGAGGUUUAUAAUAUCAUAAGAGAUAUAGAUAGGAUGAAUAUGCAAUCUUUUCCCCUGGGAAAUGGAGUCCAAAACUAAAGGACAUAGGUUUAGGGUGAGUGGUGAUUGAUUUACUUGUAGGUACCUGAGGGUCAACUUUUUCACCUAGAGUAAGGUACAAUGCAAUAUUUAAAAAGACACCUAGACAGGUACAUGGAUAUGAAAAGUUUAACAGGGACCCCUCAGUUAAUGGUAGGGGGUCCAGGUUGGAGGCCCCUGGCUUAGAGGGAUAUGGGACAAAUGUGGGCAAAUGGGACAAGCUUAGAAGGGUAUCUUGGUUAAAAUGGAACUGUUGAGAUCUAUGGCUCCUUCUCCAACUGGAUGGAGGGUUUGCCCCUUUUCUGGAUGUAUUAGAAAACAUAGAAAAACUACAGCACAAUACAGGCCCUUUGGCCCACAAUGCUGUGCUGAACAUGUACUUUAGAAACACAAAAUAAUCUGCAGAUGCUGUGAUCAAAGCAACACUCACAGCACGCUGGAUGAACUCAGGUUGGGCAGCAUCAGUGGAAACAAUG